AUGCAGUCAUCAACGGCAUCAGUGGCCACCUCCUCCUCAGCCUCAACGGCCUCAACAAAAUCGCCAUCCAGCAGUAAAUCAUCCGGCCUCCACAGCAGUAGCAGCAGUACAAAGUUGAUGCAACCCAGCAAACAAAGUGUGGGCAAGACAAAAUCCACACCCAAUGUCACCACAGUGCCGAUAAUGCUGAACAAUGGUGCGACCAUAACGGGCGGUAGGGAUCUACAGACCUCUUUGGAAAUUGAAGAAAUUUCCAAGAAAAUUUCCGAACAUGCUGAUGCCUUGUAUCGCACCUGGAAGAGUCAUGGUAUUGCGCCCACAGAAAUUUUGGAUAUAUACACAGCAGAGGCUGCAGCGGCCACUGGGUCCAUAACGGAGGAUGUCAAAAGUACCGAGGGUCUACACAAAUUGGUAAAUUCAUUUGUCAUCAAAGACAAAGAACAGAGAGGGGUACAGGGCGGGAAAGUUGCGGGCGGAAGUUCAGUGGGUGGUGGUGGUGUGAAAACAACAACAACAAAAACGGAGGGAAAAUUAAAUUCGAGUCAGACAAAACGUCAACGUUCUCCCUCACCCUCUUCAAAACAGGCCAUAAAUAAUAGUUCCUCUUCCUCCUCCACCACCUCCUCCACUCUAUCCUCCAGUGGCACUUUAAAGAGUGCCGUGCUAAAUAGUUUGGAUAAAUCUGCUGACAUUUUAAAUACCAAAAAAUCCACAGCUGUCACCACUUCCACCCCUAACUCCACCUCCCCAACCACCACAAAAAUAAAUUCCAAUUCCAAAUUGGGCAGCUCUGGAUUUUUAUUAAACAACAAAGUAAGCAGCCGUUUGGCGGAUCUGGAAGCAGAAUUGGAAUUAACCAAACCCACCACCCACACAACGGCCACUACCACAAAAUUCAAAUCCUCCCCAAAAACUGGAGAAUCGGUUUCCAAACUUAGUACACCCUCCAAAACGUUGGAUCUGAAUUUCGAUAUUAGUUUGGAUUUAAAUUUGGAUAUACCAGCCUUGACGUUGCAACAAAGUGAAAAUCUACAAAAAAUCAAAGAACUAUUGCAGCAAGAAACCCCCACUCACCCCGUGGGAGGGGCAAUGAAAAGUAACAGCAAGAUACCCUCGGUGAUAAUUGAAAAAUCCGCAUCCACAUCACCAAGCAACAAACAAGUCAAGGUGAAAAAAUCCUCAACUUUGGAAAAAUCGGAUAAAAAACUCCGCGACUCCAGCCCCACAUUGGGCGCCACUCUGCACAAAGAAGAACCUCUCAAUGAAGUUACCACAAAACUACAAAAGAAAACCAAUACAAAUGCCGGAGAAACCACCACCCCCUCCUCCACCUCGCCGACUGGCAAAAAAGUCAGCACAAAAACCAAAACCUCCCAUCGACCACAUCCGGUUGAAGAGGUUGUCAAUCAGCUACUAAAUACCUUACAAGAACCAUUAGAGAAAUCUCUCGGCGAACAAUUAACAUCGGUGGCAGAUAAAUCGAUAAGAAAAUCCGAUAAAAAUAAAGAUACCGGGCCAAGUAGUAACGGCAACGUGGUGGCGGUGGCGACUAAAAAACGAACCACCACCACAGCGACUAGUCCACAAUCCUCCGCACUCAGCAAUGGCAUCAUAGAUACACAUUUAUCGAAUAUCCGCACCGCCAUCAAUGAACCUUCACUGAUAUCGACAGAUCUAAUAGAAAAAACAACAGCUGAAGUAGAAAAAAUUCAAACGGAAUUGAAGGCAAGCGAAUCGCAAGACGCCAAAGCCAAUAGCAGUGCAAACGUCGUAAAAUUACAAAAAACUGGCAGCAAAUCAACGAAAACUUCAACAAAAUCCUCAAAAACAAAAGAUUCCUCCUCAGCCACAACUAAAACAACAAAAUCUGCCGUAACAGAAGAAACCAAAGAGAACAGCGAUACCGUAGACUCCACUAAAUCUACAACACCUCCAGCCAGCAACAACAUGAAUGGCAGCAGCAUCUUAACACCCACCAAACUGAAAUCGACACGACCCCUCACCAAUGGCCAGGAGAAGGCCGUACGCAGUCCCUUCUUAACUCGUGGCUCGGUGGCCGAACGUGUUCUCAUGUUUGAAAAAUGUCCCGAUGUGCGUAAUUCAUUUUUAAAUAUUAAACGACCCGAUCCCGCCGAUGCACCACCCAAAUCAUUACUUAAGGCCAAAUUACAUGCCACACCUCCGCCGCCACCAUCAGAUCAUACAUCACUCCAGCGGGAAAUUCGAUCAACCAAAAGCGUUUAUAUUCCCAGAUUCUAUUUCCCCCAUGGCAAGCCGCAGCCCACAAUUGCUUUGGAACGGACAUUGCGUGGUAUUUUGGCAGCGUUCGAUACAUUUCCCAAUAAUCAGGUGACUCGUGAUGAACUGCCACGUAUUUUAAAGAUUUGCGGAUUGCCAUUCUAUUGGCGUAUGCCGGUAAUGGUGUUCUGUCAGCAGGGCAAUUCGGGACUGGUUGAGCGCCAACGGUUUGUGGAGUUUUGGAAACAAAUGAAUGUCUAUUGCCAUGAUGAGGCAUCACGUUUUGUCUAUAUUUUAUCACGAGGCCAGCGUAUGCGUUCCUAUAUCUUACCCGAAGAUUUGGCACCCUUGGUACAAGAUGUCGUCGAUACACAUCCGGGUUUGGCCUUUCUGAAGGAGGCCACUGAAUUCCAUUCCAGAUAUGUGCAUACGGUCAUAGCACGGAUAUUUUAUAAUGUAAAUCGCAGCUGGUCGGGUAAAAUUACAAUAUCCGAAUUGAAGAAAUCCGAUUUGUUGGAGGUCAUUGGCCUCUUGGAGGAGGAAGACGAUAUCAAUCAAAUCAUGGCCUAUUUCAGUUAUGAACAUUUCUAUGUCAUCUAUUGUAAAUUCUGGGAAUUGGAUAAAGAUCAUGAUCUGCUCAUCAAUCAGGAUGAUUUGGCAAGGCACAGUGAUCACGCCUUGUCUACACGUAUUGUGGAGCGUAUCUUUUCGGGUUGUGUUACACGCAGUGAUAAUAAAAAGAAUCCCGAUGAUGAACCAAAAAUGUCAUAUUCCGAUUUUGUUUGGUUCCUACUAUCCGAAGAGGAUAAACGCACGCCAACCGCCAUUGAGUAUUGGUUCCGUUGCAUGGAUAUCGAUGGUGAUGGCGUGAUUUCAAUGUAUGAAUUGGAAUAUUUCUAUGAGGAGCAACAACAGCGUAUGGAAUCGAUUGGUAUUGAAUCGCUGCCAUUUGAAGAUUGUUUGUGUCAGAUGCUGGACAUGAUUAAACCCAAGCGACGGGAUGCCAUAACAUUGGGUGAUUUGAAAAAUUGCAAAAUGACGCAUGUGUUCUUCGAUACCUUCUUUAAUUUGGAGAAAUAUUUGGAUCAUGAACAGCGCGAUCCAUUUGCCUCGCAAAGAGAUGAAUAUACAUCCGAUUGGGAUCGUUUUGCCGCCCAGGAAUAUGAACUAUUAAUAACCGAGGAGAAUGACUGA